AUGUACAUUUAUAAUAUGCCGUAUAGUAUUUUAAGAGAUCUCUGUCGAGUUCUCGAUGUCGGAAAUCAGAUCUGGAAAGAUUUAGCUGGAGAAAUAGGCUACACUGCAUCACAGACCCAGUUUUUAGAGCUUGAGUACCGUCGAUUUGAUGGCAGCCCAUCGGAGAGAUUACUUUCAAAGUGGGGCCACUCAAAUGCAACAGUCGAUAUGCUGGCUACUAGUCUGAAGAAGAUUAAUGCUAUAAGAGCCUUGAAUAUCAUCAAACAUUUAGUUUCAGCCUCUUUGAGAGAAGCUUUAUACGAAGAAGAUGAUGAUGGUGAAAAUAAGAAAGUGAUAAAGUUAACGGCAGUACCAUUGUAUGACGAUGGUGAUGAUAUGAAUGGGGGUUCUCAUGUUACUGAUGAUGUCUUACCACCACCUGCAGUCCAUAAAGCAUUACAGGCCGAUAAUGAACUCCAAAGAAACAAUUACAACAAUGGGAAAAAUAAUAAUAAUAAUUAUAAUUAUAAUUACUGCAAGGGUGAUGGUAAUAAUAAUAAGUGUAGCACAGCAAAUGGUGGCAGAGUGUUCAACACGCUCCAAAGGGCUACAGAUGGUUUCAGCGACAAGUACAUGAUUAGUGCAAAUUGUGAUGGGAGAAUAUUUGAAGGUUGUCUCAAUAACAGCAGAGUAGCCAUUAAGCUGUACAGCAAGAUCGAAUGCUCCAAGUUAUCAGAGGCAUUCGUCAGCGAGUUAGAAUUCAUGAAAAAGUUUAAGCACGAGAAUGUGCUGAUGUAUAAAGAGGUAGUCAUUGACGGUCCGGUUUUAACAAUUGUUCAACCUUUCAUGGAAAAUGGAUCUCUUAGGGAUAGACUGGAUUGCAAGUCGAACACGCUGCCUCUGACGUGGCUUCAAAGGCACAAGAUAUUGUUAGAGGUAUCCAAUGGCUUGUACCACAUACAUUCACUUGCGCCCAACGCCAUAGUUCAUGGGAAUUUGAAAAGUACAAACAUCCUUCUUGGAGUGAACAUGCAAGCCAAACUCAGCGAUUUCAAGCUACCAAACGAUAGUACGACAACGAAUACAGUAUCGAACAUUCUAGAAAACAGCCCCCAAUGCACUAAUUUUUCACUAAACGUCAGUGAAAAUAGCAAAUUCACGGCCUUGAAAGCUUAUAUGCCUGAUGAAUUUUUCACAAAUGGCUUUCAGACCAAUAUUAAAAGUGACGUGUUUUCAUUUGGCGUGAAAGAAUUCGUCCACGAUAUAUUCGAGAAGAAGAACAACAAAUUAUUAUGCCUAAAAGAUUCGAACGUCUCUGAUUGGUCAGAUGAUUCCUGGAUCAAACUAAUGUCUCUGGGUAAAAUGUGCACUAUGAAUAGAAAUGAUAGGCCUAGUACUAAAGUUGUGAAUAAUUCAUUGAAGCUUUACCAAGAUGGUGCAUUGAAUUGCAUAGCAGUUAUAGAAAAAGGGAGUGUUGACAAGGAGCCAACGAAGGAUAUUGACCUCUUCACAACAACAGCUCCACUGACUAACUCUACAGAAGACAUCAAUUCCUACCUGAGCAAUAUGAAAACUGCUAAAAUUACUAAGCCGCCACCACCACCAACACUAUCAACAACAGCAACAAUAUUUGAUGUCAACAAUAACACCAACAACACCACUGACAUAUAUUCAUCAAAUUGUAACGACUCACAACUCAUGCGGAAACCGACUUAUACGAAAAAAUUUGACUCAGACAUCUGGCCCAUCAUAUCGUCAUCCGCUGAAUUUUCUAACAAAACCGACAACUACUAUUGCCCAUCUGAUGAUAUGAAACGCCUGCAAAAUAAAAAAUUACUUGAUCUUGAUUUCUUAAACUCCGAUGACGAUAUUGUUAGUGUUUUAAAAAAUGUGGCUCUAAAUGAUGAUGAUUGCGUCAUAGAGAUGUGCGAAAAAGAAGUUUCUUUCAAUCUAAAAAGUAGCGAAUUAGGUUCUGAUGUUGAAAAAGGUUCUUUAAACGUGAAAAAUCAUGAAAAUGUUACGGAUCAAAAGGCAGAAAAGGUUGCAAAAACACUUGACACAUCUUCCCUUGAAAAAAUGCUUGCUAGUGGUUCAUCUGAUUUUUUUCAGCUGUCGAAAAUUUUAGCUACUGAUGAUGAACAGAGGUUUUUCAGACUUAAAAAGCUGAAAGAAACGUUUUAUAAAAGUUGA